AUGCCGAAAGCAGAAGUCGGCUCGACCAAACACAUCGCCAACAAGAUGAAGGCGAAAGGCCUCCAACGUCUGCGCUGGUACUGCCAAAUCUGCGGCAAACAAUGUCGCGACGAGAACGGCUUCAAGCAACACACGCAAUCGGAAGGCCACGUUCGAGCCAUGCUACAAGUGGGCGAAGAUCCCCGAAAAUACAUCAACGACUUCAGCAACCAAUUCCGAAAAGACUUCCUCCAACUCCUACGAACAGCCCACGGCGAGAAGAAAGUCCACAUGAACAAUUUCUACCAGGAGUACAUAAAAGACAAAGACCAUGUGCACAUGAACGCGACCAAGUGGCCGAGUCUCACAGAGUUUGCGAAAUAUCUUGGGCGAGAAGGGAUAUGUCGGGUCGAGGAGGAAGAGAGGGGGUUGUAUAUUCAGUGGAUCGAUGAUAGCGCUGAAGCAAUCAGGAGGAGGGAGGAUAUCAAGCGUAAAGACCAGUUGGCGAAAGCAGAACCAGCCAAGGAAGAAGAAGAAGAGCCACAAGACCAAAAGCAACCAGCAAAGAUGUCACUCUCCCUGACAGCAAACAAAAAAAUUUCGAAUCCUCUGGCCAAGAAGAAUCCCUUGGCCAAAAAGGCGCCGGUAGCCCGAGCUGAGCCGGAGAAGAAGAUGAGUAAUGCGGAACGGAUUAUGAAGGAAGAGCUAGAGCGGAAGCGAGUAGCUGACGAACGAAGUCAUGGCGGGAAGAGGCAGAGAUUUCAUUGA